AUGUACCAUGCUCUGAUUCGCACACACCACAUCACGUCUCGAAAGAAGAUUGCAUCGCUCAAGGCUGCGGCGAAGCAACUCCAAUGCUCUGCCUUGCUAAGGACGGGAGGUAUCCCGGGAGUCAUGUAUGUUCAAGGUGAAGAUAGCGAGAGCACUCAACACUGGGUCGACCUGGUGCACAACUUGAGAUACAAAGAUUAUCAACUCUCGGCGCCUGUCAUGGCAACAAAGGCAAAUGAGGUCUGGAUCAGCGACCGAGGCUCGCUCGAAGAAGUUACGACAGUGAAGGAAAUGGCAGCCAGAAUGGAGGGAGCCGGGCUCCAUGAGUGGUGGAGGAAAGCGAUGGGAUUCUCAAAGGAAUAG